AUGCAUGUAGAUGACAUUGAAGGCGUACCCAGAACUCUUCAUGAGAAUACCGGUGAAUUGAUGGAUUUGAUUACGGCACGUCUCCUGAGCCCGAGAACAUCUUCCGCUAAUCCGAAAGAAUCAGAUUUAGAACUGAAAACUGCACAGCCAUACAUGAUCAGUCCAGCGAAACCCAAAUCUCAUGUAAAGAGACCCUCAUUUCUUGCUCUUCUUGAAAAUGAACCCGACAUCAAUAGUGCUGACUUUGACAGUCCUCAAUCUAGCAGAAUAUCCGAUAUGCAAAAAGAUAGCAUUCGACAACCAACUCGCGAUGAAGAGGAUAAAAAUAAGAAAACAGUUGGAAUUCUUAAUAUAAAAAGUGACAAAACGCCCUCUCGCCUUCGCAAAUUAAUCCGUCCAUUUCGAAGCGACACCAGCCUAAUGGCAUCUGACAACAGGUUGGAUUUACAGUUGAUCUGA